AUGGCGACGUGUACGAGACAAGGAUGCGGAAAAAAGUUCGAUCCUACCCAAAACCUGCAAGCUGAAUGUGUCUUCCACCCUGGUCAACCCGUUUUUCAUGAAGGAUUGAAGAGUUGGUCAUGCUGCAAGGAGAAGAACAAACCGGUUAUGGAGUUUGACCAAUUCAUGAAAAUAGAAGGGUGUGCAACAGGCGUUCAUUCUCUGGAGAAGCCGGUGACCCCAGCCCGGGAACCUGAAGCAGAAAAACCGGCAUCAAGCGUGGAUGCGAAUGGGACAAUGACAUAUUCAGCUGAUGUCCAAAAGAAGGAGACGUCUGCGACCAAGCACUCUCAUCAGACUACCCGCGACGUCUUCCAGCCGAUCACUGCCGAACAAGCCAUCGAAUCGCAGCCUGCUUUACCUAAACCUGAACUUCUUGAUGACCCUGAGUCGAUCGUGCUCGAAGGCAGUAGAUGUAAACGUUUGGCUUGCGGAAUCACUUGGAAUGGUCUGGGAAAUUCUAAACGAGGUGAAUUAGACAAAGAAGAAUGUACAUACCAUCCUGGUACACCGGUUUUCCACGAAGGCUCCAAGGGAUAUUCAUGCUGCAAACGGCGCGUAUUAGAUUUUGACGAUUUUCUGAAACUGAGAGGGUGUAAAAAAAGUAGUCAUUUAUUCACGGAGACGAGCUCGACGAAGACGGAUCAAGAGGAAUCGGUUGACUGUCGAUUUGACUUCUACCAAACUCCAACCUCUGUCAUCGUCAGUAUCUUUGCCAAGAAAGUUGACCAAGAGAAAAGUCUCAUCAAGUUUGAUACAUCUGGAGUCAAUAUCGAUCUAAAAUUGCCGGCAAACAAACGCUUCCAACGAACAUUCAACUUAUUCGGAUCUAUAGAUCCCGACCAAUCUACAUACAAAAUCCUCUCAACGAAAUGUGAGAUGGUUUUGAUUAAAACGGAUGGUCGGAGUUGGUCUAACUUAGAAAAGGGGGACACGUUUGUAGGCACAGUCACUUUUGGCGUCGGCGGUAGGACUGGGACUGUGGGCGCAAAACAAAUUGUUACUUGA